ACAAGUCACAAUCGCACAAGGCUAGAACCCCAAGGAAGAAGAAUGGGUUGGGUGUGGAAAGACGAACCGAGCGACGCCUUGGAAUCAACAGCUCGCGACGGCGAUCGGUGCUCCACCAGGAAGGUGGUGCGGUCGCAGUGCAAGACGGAAGAAGUCGAGCCCGGAAAAUUCGUCCGAAAGUGCGAGAAAACCGAAGAAGUUCUCAAAGAAUGCGUCGGAAGGCCUGUUGAGGUGCUGCAAUCCAACAAAGAGUACACUGAGGAUGAUGUCACAGAGCAAGUGCUAAGAGGGAAUUUCCUGUCGGGAUCACAACAUGUGGAAGGUUCAUUUGAUUUUCCUGGUCUACGUAGUGACAUGGAGGAAAUUGAACGUCGCUUUUUUGGUGGGUUUAACCGUUUCUUUGAUGCUGCUGAGGAGGUGAAAAAUAGUUUCCUCGAUGCCUUUGGAGAUUUUUAUGGCAGGGGAUCUUCAGGGCCACCAUCUAUAAGGAGAGGAAUACCCAUUGAAAGCCAUCCUCAGAAGGAAGCCUCUUCUAAACCUGCUGAUUCUGGGCAUCUUGAUUUGUCUGGUUUAGCCAAAGAUGUUUGAAGUUUGUCAAGGAGCCAGCCUCCGUUUUUUAUAUUUUAGAAUGUAAUGUAGAGAAUCUUAUACCUAUCAGAAUGGAAUGUUAGCUUUUUAGUACCUGGUGACAAGUAUUUCUGUUCCUGGGACUUACUGCCCAUUUCUUACUUGGUGCAUUUUAGAUUAAUGGUAAGUUUUUUUGGUGUUAAACAACAAUGGAUUCAUCUCCAGGCUCUGAAAUCAGAAGAUUUUAUUAUGUUUUUGUUUA